AUGUCGCUGUUCUCCGCGGCGGAGGUCUCGCCGGUGCUGGACGUGGUCCCGGAGUACGGCACUUGCAAGCCCGCGGAGGUGCCUGGGAAGGGCCGCGGGCUGAUCGCGGCCGCCCACGUGCCGGCUGGGGGGCUGUUGCUCUGCGAGCCCGCCGUGGCCGCCGCGCCCGGGCAGGAGGAGCUCGCAGCCGAGCUGCUGGCUCUCACGGAAGGCGGCGACGAGGUCCUGCUCGGCCAGCUGCUCCUCCUGGCGGCGUGGGGCGAGGCGCCAGGCGCCGUGCCCCCGCUGGCGGACGCGGACGCGGCGACCUUCCUGGUUGACCCAAUGCGUGCAGCUUACGAUGACAACCAGCUUCCUGAGCCCAGCCUGGUGGACCUCGUCAACGAAGAGUUCGAGGACUGCAGCGCCGACAUCGCAUGCAGCAUGGACGACCUCGCGGGGCACGUGGACGAGCAGGGCGACGCCGACGCGUGGCCAACAACCGUGCCCGCUGCCUUGCCGAACUCGUCUCCGGGAGGUCUCGAAGGACCUCUUCGGCACAACCCGCACGACGGCCAAACCGAGCCGUCGUCAGGAAAUUUGGGCGCAGCUGCAGCGGUCAGCGGCUGGGCUCAGAGGAGGAAACAGAGACAGCGCGCCGACGAGGGUGGGCACCACGCGCCAGGCGGAGCUGCCUCCCACGAGGCCUCCGUGGACGGAGUUCGGCGGCAGGCCCUGCUCAAGAGCCCGAGUGGCCUCGGCGGGGGCAGCGGAGGCCCCGCGGGCGGCUGGCACGCGCGGCGGGGCCAGGCCGCGGAGGCCCGCAGCGGCGCCCGGACUGGCGGGGAGGGCGCGCGGACAUCUCCCGCCGCGCAAAGUGACGUGCGGGCCGCGAGCUACCUGGGCAGCGCCCGCCGGGCGCCCUGCGCGGGCGGCCUCGCUCGCGGGGCGGGCGAGCGGGCGGGCGGCGAGGCGGGGCGCGCGAGGCGGCGCCCGCUGGGCGCCCUGCCCGCGGGCGGCCUCGCUCGCGGGCGGGCGCGCGGGGUGCGGCCCGCGCCCCCGCCGGCGCGCCCCGCCAGCGCGCCCCCGCUCGGCUGCCGGCGCGAGGGCGCCGCAGCGCCGCGCGGCAGCCCGGGGGCCGGGGGCCGCUCGGCGGGCGCGGGCUGCGCGGCGGAGGCGCGGAGCAGUGCUGGGCGCGGGGGGCACAGGGCUCGCUCGGCGGCCACGUGCGAGCCAAUGCCCCACCACCCCACGAUGUCGGAGGGGGGAGGUGGGCUGCACCCCGUGUCCUGUGCCGGUUGUGCCUUGGCGCCUCUGCCGUGGCCCCGUUGA